AUGGGACUCGAACCCACAAUCUCCCGCUCCGGAGGUAGUCAAUCAGCACCAAAACUGAUUUUUAACAGCUUUCUUCUUCUAUUUCAGCAUUUUCAACGGCUACGUACCAUGGUUUUGAGUUCAUAUUUCGACUGCCAAACUGAUGUGCCAAUGUAUGAAAUAAAAACAGUUGAAGCUGAGAGUGAGACUCAGCUUGCUGCUGCAGAUGGUCUUGAAUGCUACUGGAAUGCAUUUGAGCUGCCUUGUACUUUUCCUGCUUCUUACCUUGACCCUCAAAACUACACUUCAUUACUGCCAUUAUAUUCCAUUCCACCUGAAGUCAUCCCAUAUGAAACUUUGAGCUCCUACCCAUGCCCCAAACGUCAUAAACUCAUUGAAGACCAUUACUGCUCAGACUUGAUGCCUGGUGUCUUUGAUGGGGUUGCUGUAAGUCCAUGUCCACUGCUUGAAGAUCAUCAGAUUAACUUGGAAGGAAUGAAAACAGUGGGAAACUGCAACAAGAUUAGCGAGGAAAAGUGUGUGACAGUGCAAAGCAUAGCGGCAAGAGAGAGGAGGAGGAAGAUUACUAAAAAGACUCAAGAGCUAGGGAAGCUUGUGCCUGGGGGGAGUAAGAUGAACACUGCUGAAAUGCUUCAAUCUGCAUUCAAAUAUAUCAAGUAUUUGCAAGCCCAAGUUGGAACCCUUCAAGUUAUGGACUCCUUUCCGGAAAAUGAGAAGAGGAGUUGGGACGGGAAAAUGGAAAUGGUAACAAGUCCCAAGGUACAGGAGAAGCUUUACAUGGAAGAUAAGUGCUUGGUAGCAAAGGAUGCGGUUCUCUCUUUGACAACCCUUUUUAAACCUCCACUCUCUCAUGAACUCACUCGCCUUUUAUCUUUACCUUCCAAUGACUGA